UGAAGAAGCUUAGCUAUGUGAACUCAUUUUCCAACUUGGAGGUUGCUAAAAGGGCUCCUCACCAAGAAGUUAACUUCUUUCCCAACGCUGUCUCUCAAAUGCUGCUUCUACAGUUUGCUUGCCUUGUUACUCCUUAACCUUCUGAGUGUUGUGGAAAAGCUGGCCCCACAAGUCAGGGAUGUCACACCCAGCCUUCUAUUAGCUGAAAUUCAGCUCAGGCCUCAAUCGAAUUUAACCCAGCUAAAUUCAGCUUUCCCCAGUGUUUCCAUGGACAGUGUUAACUUCUGAGGACCUUUCUGCCUUUCACUGUCUCGCUUACACCUUUUUUUUUUUAUUUUACUAGAUAUUGCUUUUGCAUUUCCAGGAACUCCAUGUUUUUUUCUAAGAAUUUUCCUCUUAGUUUCACUUCUCCCACACCACACCCUGCUGCUGGCCUGCCCCAGAACAUCAUUUCAUCUCUGUAUCAUCUCCGGCUAUGCAGGGUAGACUGUUGGCACUGUUAGAGACCAGCUUUGGCCCCUGACAGCCACCAGAGUGACUCCUAACAGGUUGCUUGUGUCUUUCUGGAUACAUUUUGUUAUUUGCAUUUUAAUCUUACAUGGAAAAGCAGGUUGCUAAACAGUAACUAGAACUGUUCUGACUCACAUCAGGCACUCCGGGGCAGGAGAAGCUUUCAGAGUUGGGUAGCUGUGUCAAGCAUUUCUCAAAUGAUAGAGUAAAUGCAGACAGAAAUGCAGAGUUGUGAGACCCGCUUCUCAAGGCACGAGACAAGAGUUUACCACACAGUGGAGCAGGACCUGCAUGGGUUGUACCCACAUGACUCACAUUCACUUUGGGCAGGGCAAUCGUACGCAGGGAAAUGGUAUGCCUUGGCCAAGAAGGAUCCAGAAGGCCUUUUCCUUCAGGAUAACAUCUCUGCUGAAUACACUGUUGAGGAAGAUGGCACAAUGACAGCUUCUUCCAAGGGCCGGGUGAAGCUUUUUGGGUUCUGGGUAAUCUGUGCUGACAUGGCUGCUCAGUACACAGUGCCAGACCCGACCACUCCUGCAAAGAUGUACAUGACGUACCAGGGCCUGGCGAGCUAUCUGUCAAGUGGUGGGGACAACUACUGGGUGAUUGACACCGACUAUGAUAACUACGCCAUUACUUACGCCUGCCGCAGCCUGAAGGAGGACGGCUCCUGUGAUGAUGGCUACUCCCUGAUCUUCUCUCGCAACCCCCGUGGCCUGCCCCCCGCCAUCCAGCGCAUCGUGCGCCAGAAGCAGGAGGAGAUCUGCAUGUCUGGCCAGUUCCAGCCUGUGCUGCAGUCAGGAGCCUGCUAAGAGUGUAUUUCUGAUUCUACCCCUAAGCACAGAAGCCAGACCUCUUGGUACUGAAGCUGCCACUCAGCUAAUAAAUCAUAGUAGUGUGUUUUCUCUGAAAAACACAUGAAAAUGUUGGGGAUUUUGUAAACUGUGUGCAGUACAGUAGUGGUAUCUGAAUUUUCAAGGUAAUACCUAAAG